AUGCCAGAAUCUACUCAACAAUCUCAUAUUUCUUUGGAUCAUGAAAAGAUGCAGCAACCUCCAGCUGGUUUCACUGAACGUUCCACUUCCAAACCAAACUUACCAGAUUUCGACACUUACAAGAAAUUGUACCAACAAUCUGUAGAAAAUCCAAAUGAAUUUUUCACCGAACAAGCAAAGAAGAAUUUAGACUGGUUCAAACCAUUUGAUUUGGCUAGAUUCCCUGUCGAUCCAAAAGAUGAUUUCAAGAAUGGUGAUUUGCCAGCUUGGUUUAUCAAUGGUCAAUUGAAUGCUUCAUACAAUGCUAUUGAUAGAUGGGCUAUCAAGAACCCAGAUAAGCCAGCUAUUAUUUACGAAGGUGAUGAACCAGAUCAAGGUAGAAUCAUUUCUUAUGGUGAAUUAUUGAAAGAAGUCAGUAAAUUGGCUCAAACUUUGACUAAAUUGGGUGUUAAAAAAGGUGAUUCUGUCGCUGUUUACUUACCAAUGAUUCCUGAAGCUAUUGUCACUUUAUUGGCCAUUGUCAGAAUUGGUGCUGUCCAUUCUGUUGUCUUUGCUGGUUUCUCUUCUGCCUCUUUAAGAGACAGAAUUUUAGAUGCUGACUCUAGAAUUGUCAUCACUGCUGAUGAAUCCAAGAGAGGUGGUAAAACUAUCGAAACCAAGAAGAUUGUUGAUGAUGCUUUGAAGGAAUGUCCAAAAGUCAGAAAUGUCAUUGUUUUCAAAAGAACUGGUAACUCACAUGUUCCAUUUUCUCCUGGUAGAGAUUUAUGGUGGCACGAAGAAUUGGCCAAAUACGGUCCAUACUUCCCACCAGUCCCAGUUAACUCUGAAGAUCCAUUGUUCUUGUUGUAUACUUCUGGUUCUACUGGUAAGCCAAAGGGUGUUCAACAUAAUACUGCUGGUUACUUGUUGGGUGCCGUUUUAACCACCAAAUACACCUUUGAUGUCCAUGAAGAUGAUGUCUUGUUCACUGCUGGUGAUGUUGGUUGGAUUACUGGUCACACUUAUUGUGUUUACGGUCCAUUGUUGUGUGGUGCCACUACUGUUGUCUUUGAAGGUACUCCAGCUUAUCCAAACUUCUCCAGAUACUGGGAAAUUGUUGACAAAUAUAAGGUUAACCAAUUCUAUGUUGCACCAACUGCUUUAAGAUUAUUGAAGAGAGCUGGUACCAAGUAUGUUGAAAAAUACGACUUGUCCUCCAUUAGAGUCUUGGGUUCUGUUGGUGAACCAAUUGCUGCUGAAGUUUGGCACUGGUAUAAUGACAAUAUUGGUAGAGGUAAAGCUCAUAUUGUCGAUACUUAUUGGCAAACUGAAUCUGGUUCUCAUUUGUUGACUCCAUUGGCUGGUGUCACUCCAACCAAGCCAGGUUCUGCUUCCUUGCCAUUCUUUGGUGUUGUUCCAAAGAUCUUAGAUCCAACUACUGGUCAAGAAUUAGAAGGUAACGAUGUUGAAGGUGUCCUUGCUAUUAAAUCUGCUUGGCCAUCUAUUACUAGAGGUAUUUACAAUGAUUACAAUAGAUUUAUUGAAACUUAUUUGGCUCCAUACCACGACCACUAUUUCUCAGGUGAUGGUGCUGCUAGAGAUAACGAUGGUUUCUACUGGAUCUUGGGUAGAGUUGAUGAUGUUGUCAAUGUUUCUGGACACAGAUUAUCAACUGCCGAAAUCGAAGCUGCUUUGAUUGAACAUCCAUUGGUUGCAGAAUCUGCUGUUGUCGGAUAUGCCGAUGACUUGACUGGUCAAGCCGUUGCUGCUUAUGUUUCCUUGAAGAAAGAUAAGGUUAAUGAUGAUUUGGAAGCUGUCAAGAAGGAAUUGAUUUUAACUGUCAGAAAAGAAAUUGGUCCAUUUGCUGCUCCUAAAUUGAUUUUGUUGGUUGAUGACUUGCCAAAGACCAGAUCUGGUAAGAUUAUGAGAAGAAUCUUGAGAAAAGUUUUGGCUGGUGAAGAAGAUCAAUUGGGUGAUAUUUCCACAUUAUCUAAUCCAGGUGUUGUUCAACAAAUCAUUGAAGUUGUCCAUGCUUCAAAGAAAUAA